AAAGCGGCCUCAUUUGGGAUCGGUGUCUUCUAAUUAGUUUGAUGACAUAAUUGACAGGUCUUCAUUCCAGAAGUGUCUCAAAGCGCUCUAUAUAAAGAUUGCACUUCAUUUAUCAUCCGACUGCUCAGCACGAAAGCUCGCAACUGUAGAGAUGGAACUUGCUCCACGCUUGCUGAUUCUCCUGUGCGGAAUCACUGGACUGUUGACUGGAGUUUGGUCUAAAGCUGCCAUUCAAAAGAAAGAAAAUUGCUGUCCUAAGGGAUGGACUCAAUUGGAUUGUCGCUGUUACAUUUACCAAGACAGGGGUCGGCAGUUUUCAGAUGCAGAGAGCAUCUGCAACCUUCUUGGUGGGAACCUUGCCUCUGUACACAGUGCUUUGGAGUAUGCUGUCGUUCUUGAAUUGAUCAAGAAAUCCUCCGACUCUACUUCUGAUGUUUGGCUUGGACUCCACGAGACGAUUGAGGAUAACGCCUUCUUCUGGACCGAUGGCUCAAAUGUUGAUUUCACUGCCUUCAAUAGUGACAACGAUGCAGGAGAUUGUAUUGAAAUUGAAUUUGACGAUAAACUCUGGGACAACGACAGCUGCACUGACGAAAAUAGAUUUGUCUGUGCUCGAGAGGCUGACCAAUGCAAGCACUGAGUCGCCCUCCGAAGCUCGAAAUCUACAAGACUGGGAUUACUCUUCUUAAAUCUAAAGUCUAAUGGCAUCUCUUCUCUUUGGUAUAUUACAAAUCUUUCAGUUAAUCAAAUCGAAUCAAUCAUGCAAUAAAAUAUUCUAGCAUUAUCA